AUGUUUACUGGUGAUAAAUUGAAUUUGCCACCAACAGAAGAUAUUCAACGCACAUUCAUUGACUUUGGAAAAAAUGAAGUUAUUUCUUAUGUUGAUUAUUUUCCAGAGAUACAACAAGGUCGAUGUCAUAUUUAUUCAUAUCCAUCUGUAAUGCUAUAUUACGGCGAUAUUUCAAAUAACUUCCGAGGUGGAUUAUUCAAAUAUGUUCGUGUGGUGUCAUUAUAUGAUGAACAUCCUUUCGGACAUGAAUUUUUUCUUCGAAUUGUUCAAUCAUUUCCAUUUAUGCAAAAAGUAUGUUUGAAUAAUAAUAGAUCACAGAAUCGGAAAAAAUCGAAUGAAUCAAACAAUAAUAAUCAAAACUUACCUGUUAUUCAAUAUUCUUCUCUCAGUGAACUUGUUAUUAUCGAUGUCCAUGAUGAUUAUAUAGAAGAAUUUCUAUUUCAUACUAAAGCAUAUUUACCAUAUAAUAUUAUUCUUCAUAUCAAUCAUGAAUCUUUACAACGUGUAACAAACAAUUUCACAAGAGAUGCUACACGAAUUAAUUGUGCCAAAAUAAAUAAAUUAAAUUUAAGUGGCGAAUUAAAAUGUUCGAAUUCUUUAAAAGAAUAUUUUCCAUAUGCAGAAAUACGUUAUCCAUUAAUACAUUGA